AUGACUCCUGAUAACAAACCCAUUGCUUACGGCCGAAGACUUAUCCCGAACAUCAUCGACGAACUUGCUGAAACCAAGCCCGAAGGAGAAGCCUUCCAGAUUCCAUGCUCAGCAGACCCCAAAGAUGGAUCUAAGGUGGUUACUUGGAAAGAAUACGCCAAUGCUGUCAAUCAUGUAGCUUGGCGAAUUAUUGAAACUUGCGGCGAACCUGAGAAGGGGGCUUUCCCUACCAUUUCCUACAUUGGGCCCAACGAUGCGCGUUAUGUUGUAAUAAUGGUCGCUGCCAUAAAAGCGGGAUACAAGGUAAGGAUUGCUACGAGUCAACCUUUCAGUCAUGAGCUAACUGGCCAGGUUCUCUUCAUCUCUCCUCGGAAUUCGCAAGAGGGUCAGAUUAAUUUGUUCGACAAGACCGAUUGCCACAUUCUAGCCUUCCCCAAAUCGCAUCAUAACACAGCCCAGCCAUGGUUAGAAGAACGUAAUAUGAAGGCUAUAGAAGUUGGAGAUAUGGAUCGGUGGUUCCCUGAAAAAGAGGUUCACCAUUUUCCAUACAACAAAACUUAUGAGGAUGCAGAGUGGGACCCUGUGGUAGUACUUCAUACCAGUGGAAGCACGGGUCUUCCUAAGCCCGUCAUUGCACGAGUUGGCAUGAUAUCUGUUGGUGAUGCUUGGAGUCAACUAGGCGAAUUCCAAGGCGGCAAAUUUCUCUUCAAUGGCUGGGCGGAAAGAGCGAAGAGGCACUUUUUACCAAUGCCAUUUUUCCAUGCUGCAGCGCUAUAUUGUUUUAUCAACCUGGUCAUAUUUCGAGGCACCCCAGCGGUAUUCAGCGCUGAACGACCUUUGUCAUCGGAUCUCGUAGUUGAGACUCUAAAGCAUGUCGAUGUAGAGAGUGCAUUAUUACCACCCGCUAUUCUGGAAGAUAUGAGCCAGGACGACACGUGUGUCCAAGCUUUGCAGAAGCUGAACCUCGUUAUAUUCGGCGGUGGAAACCUUGCGCGCGAAGCUGGUAACAGGCUCGUGAAUAAUGGUGUGAAGAUCGCAAACUGUAUCGCGGCGACCGAGGCUUGCCCUUGGCCAUACUUCAUCCAACCCAAUCCUGAGCUGUGGCAGUACUUUAUUAUCAAUUCAGACCUCAUGGGCGCGGACUGGCGUAAAACAGACGAGGAAGAUGUCUACGAGCAAGUCGUCAUUCGGCAGGAUGAAAAGCCCGGUGUCCAGGGUUUCUUCUACACAUUCCCAAAUGACUAUGAGUACUACACCAAGGAUCUAUACAAACCACAUCCCACUUUGCCACACCACUGGAUAUACUAUGGAAGAGCCGAUAACAUUAUUGUUUUCUCAAAUGGCGAGAAACUCAACCCAGUUACCAUUGAGGAGAUUGUGAGCGAUCAUCCAGCAGUCAAAGGAGCUUUAGUCGUCGGCUCAAACAGAUUCCAGCCCGCUUUGUUCCUUGAGCCGGUGUCCCAUCCAGAAAGUGAAGAAGAGAAGCAGAAGUUCCUGGACUCUGUGUGGCCAUCGGUGGUCAGAGCCAACAAGGAGACAGUCGCUCAUGGACAGAUCGGACGCCAGUUCAUUACACUAGCCAACCCUGAUAAGCCUUUCCCUCGUGCUGGAAAGGGAACAAUCCAACGUGCUGCAGCUGUCAAGCUCUACAAAGAUGAGAUCGACCAGCUUUACGACCAGGUCGGUCAAGUUUCACAAACCGAGGCACCAAGGCUUGAUGUAAGCUCCGAGGAUGCUCUAGUCAACUCGAUUGAGAAGCUCUUCGAAUCGCACCUGGGAUCCCCCCAUCUUGAGCCAGAUACCGAUUUCUUCUCUGCAGGCAUUGAUUCUAUGCAAGUGAUCAACGCUUCCAGAUUGAUCCGUGCUGGUCUCGAGGCAGCAGGCUACAACACUGACGGAACAUCGCUUGCAACUCGCGUAGUAUACGGCAACCCUACACCUCGAAGGCUGGCAGGUUACCUGAUGGAUACUCUCAUCAAGGGCGGAGGCAAGGAUAUUCGGAAUGAAGAUAUCGAGCAGCAGCGAGUAAUGAGGCAACUUCAUGAUAAGUACACACGCAACCUCGAGUAUCCAAAGAAGGGCAGACAGGACGCCUCAGAAAAAGAUCAAACGGUAGUGCUCACCGGGUCAACUGGAAUGCUCGGUUCAUACCUACUUGAUCAGAUGGUGAAGAACCCCAACGUCAAGAAGGUCAUUUGCCUCAACCGUGCCGAAGAUGGCGGUAUCAGACAACAAGAGAAGAUAAUGAAGGAGCGAGGACUUGACGUUUCAUACCGGGAAAAAGCCGAGUUCUAUCACAUCGAUAUUUCUCGUUCCGACUUCGCCUUGCCACGUGAGGUCUACCGGCGCCUACUUCGGGAAGCAGACCGUUUCAUUCACAAUGCAUGGCCUGUGAACUUCAAUAUCACAGUCGAGACCUUUGAACCGCAGCUUCGUGGUGUACGACAUGUUGCUGACUUCGCCACUCAUGCCGACAAGCGCGUUGCGGUUGUCUUCAUUUCAUCCAUCGGUACCGGUGACCGGUGGGACUCGAGCAAAGGACCUCUUCCCGAAGAGCGCCUCGAGGACACCAGCCUACCUAGCGGUGGUUAUGGUCGAAGCAAGAUGGUUGGUAGCUUGAUAAUGGAAGACGCUUCCAAGGUCGGCAACUUUCCAGCAGCCACGAUCCGUGUCGGUCAGAUCGCGGGUCCCGAGUCGGAAGCCGGAGUCUGGAACCGCCACGAGUGGCUACCCAGCAUCAUUGCCAGCAGCUUAUAUCUGAAAGCCCUGCCGUCUGAUCUUGGGCUCAUGGACCAAGUCGAUUGGACGCCGGUCGAGCGCAUCGCCAGUCUUGUUCUUGAAGUCAUCGGAGUUGCCCAGCACGUUGACCCAAAGGACAUCAGUGGCUACUACCACGGCGUCAACCCGUCGCCGAAUGCGUGGUCGAAUAUUGCGCCCGCCAUUCAAGAGUUUUAUGGGCAGGGUCGCUUGCCCGAGUUAAUUAGUUUUACGGAGUGGGUUGAACGUCUGGAGAAGACCCAAUCUGAGGACAUGAGGGCGAUGGAUGACAAUCCAGGUAUCAAGCUAUUGGACACUUACAAAGGUAUGGCUUCAGGUGCAAAGGCUGGACACCAACCUGUCAUCUUCGACAUGAAGCGCACCAUUAGGCAGAGUCCUACUAUGAGGAGUGCCAAAGCGAUCAGCCCUAGCUUAAUGAGACAUUGGUGCAAGCAGUGGAGUUUUGGUAACUGA